CGCCCCGCGCCGCGCCGGGCAGGGGUGGCAUGGGCUCCAGCCCCGUCCCGCAGGCGGGCGGCUGCUCCCGGGCCUGCGGGGCGUCCGUCUGUCCGUCUGCCCGUCCGGGGUGGAGGCGGCCAGAGGCCUUUCCACACCCGGUUCAGGAAACGCAGGGACCUCGGCGCCCUCUCCCCACCCACGUGGGCGUGUCCGCCGCGGGGGCCACAGAGGCGGGACGGGGCCCAGUGUUCGCGGCCGACGCUUCCCCACCGGACGUCCCGGCGGAGUCGGCGUCCCCACGGCCCCGGCCCCGGCCCUGCCCUCGGCGGACUGACCGGGCCCGGCCCCUCCUCCCGGGGCGGUCCCGCCCCGGCCGCUGCUGACCCCGGCGAUGGCGGGGCUGGAGGGGGACGCGCCGGGCCCCCCGACGCCGCCGGCCCUGGGCGCGCUGCGGGGCUACCGAGCCUACGCGCGCCGGUGGGUGUUCCUGCUGGUGGUCAGUCUGCUCAGCUGCUCCAACGCCACGCUGUGGCUCAGCUUCGCGCCCGUGGCAGACACCAUCGCCCAACACUUCCUCCUGUCCACCGAGCAGGUCAACUGGCUCUCUCUGGUCUACCUGGUGGUGGCCAUCCCGUCCGGCCUGGUGGCCAUCUGGAUUCUGGACUCAGUGGGGCUCCGCUGGGCAACCAUCCUGUGUGCGUGGCUGAAUUUCGCCGGGAGCGUGCUCCGUACCCUGCCCUGCGUGUUGUUUUGGAUCCAGAACCCAUUUGCCCUCCUCAUGGGUGGCCAGAGCCUGUGUGCCCUGGCCCAGACCCUGGUCAUCUUCUCUCCGGCCAAGCUGGCUGCCUUGUGGUUUCCUGAGCACCAGCGGGCCACGGCCAACAUGGUCGGCACCAUGGCAAACCCCCUGGGCAUCCUCCUGGCCAACGUGUUGUCUCCUGCCCUGGUGAAGAAGGAGGAUGACAUCCCCAUAAUGCUGGGCGUCUACAUCAUCCCUGCCGGCCUCGCCUGCCUGCUGGCCACCGCCUGCCUCUGGGAGAGCAUGCCCCCCACCCCGCCCUCCGCGGGGGCCGCCCACUCCAACUCGGAGAAGUUCCUGGGCGGGCUGAAGCUGCUCGUGAGGAACAAGGCCUACGUCGUCCUGGCCGUGUGCUUUGGGGGCGGCGUCGGCAUCUUCUCCAGCUUCUCGGCCCUCCUGGAGCAGGUCCUAUGCGCGAACGGCUACUCCAACGAGUUCGCAGGCCUCUGCGGGGCUCUCUUCAUCGUGUUUGGGAUCCUGGGGGCGCUGGCUCUCGGCCUGUAUGUGGACCGGACCAAGCGCUUCACGGAAGCCGUCAAGAUCGGCUUCUGUCUGACCUCUUUGGUCUGUGUGGCCUUUGCCCUGGUGUCCCAGCUGCGGGGACAGACUGUCGCGCUGGCUGCCGUCUGCUCCCUGCUCGGGCUCUUCGGCUUCUCGGUGGCGCCUGUCGCCAUGGAGCUAGCCGUGGAAUGCUCCUUCCCCGUGGGCGAGGGCGCGGCUGCGGGCCUGGUCUUCGUGGUGGGGCAGGCCGAGGGCGUGCUCAUCAUGGUGCUGCUGACCGCCCUGACUGUGCGCCGCUCGGACCCGUCCUUCUCCACCUGCCAAGGCGGCCAGGACCCCCUGGACUGGAAGGUGUCCAUGUUGACGAUGGCCGGCCUGUGCACCCUCCUGAGCUGCUGCCUGGUACUCCUCUUCCACACCCCCUACCGGCGCCUGCAGGCCGAGGCCCGCUCGAGCCCCUCCCUCCAAGACUUUGGGAGCCCAGCCGCAGACCAUGCACCCCUCCAGCAGGCCCUGCCCCCAGCCCUGUUGGGGCACCCCCAGGGCCCCAGCAAGGACGCUGCAGGGGCGGCUCAUUCCUAGAGCCUCCUUGGACAUGCAGGGACUGAGGGGCAGCCUGGGGAGUGAAGGAGCCGGGAGAGGCGGCUGGGGCAGCCACCGCUGAGCCCGGGCAGGUCCUACAGGGGCACAAGGACUGCAGUGGGCACAGUGCAGGGGCAGCGUAUGGGGACAUGGCUUAUGGGGAGCUGGCAGCGUAUGGGGACAUGGCUUAUGGGGAGCAGGACAGGUUGUGGGUCCUGAGGGCCCCAGAGGUCAGAGACUGGAGUGCACAGGGGUGGGGAGGGCCUUCCUUGAAGGAACCCAUCCCAGAGCCUCUCUCAGCCUCCAUUACCGAGUGACCAGACACCCAGCCUCAUGUUGACUGGGGUGGCCUGGGUGUUGACGGGGGUGGUUGGGUGCCAACAGGGGCCUGGGUGCUGAUGGGUAGGGGUGGCCUGGGUGUUGACGGGGGUGGUUGGGUGCCAACAGGGGCCUGGGCGCUGACGGGUAGGGGUGUUCUGGGUGCUGACGGGUGGUCCAGGCUAUUCCGGGGGCAGAACAGAUGGAGGGUCCCACAGGCCGAUGCCGCCCAGGCCCUCCGACCCCAGGUGGACACGUCCCCUCCCCACAGACACUUGCAGGCAGGUUGGUGGGUUCGGGUUUAUUGAACUGGCCCCACCCAGUGGGGGUGGGGUGGGGGCACCCCUCACUCCUCCUUCUCCUCCCCAUGGGUGAGCACAUAGCUCAGCGCCUUGUAGUCCAGGUUGCCUGCAGCGUCGAUCUUUGCGAAUUGCAACAUCUGGUCGACCUGUGGGCCGGGUGGUGGGUGUCAGGCCCUGCAGGAGGGCAGAGCAAGUGGGUCCCAAGGAGUGCAGCCCAAGGGUGACAGGCCCCCACCUCCAACCUGCUCUGGGCUUGUUUCUGUGCUUGUGGGGACGAGGGGGGCUGGGGCUCAGCCUCUGGGUGUCCCACCCACACCAACCCUCCAGCCUCUCAGGGCCAGGGCCCACCCUCAGCCAAGCCCUGGGGUCCCCCAGGCCGUGGGGGAGGAGGGGUGGGGCCCAGGGCCAGACCUCCUCUGUAGUCAUCUUGUCAGCCUGGGACAUGAGCAGCCUCUUGAUGCUGAGGACAAGGAGGGAGGCACCGGGUUAGGCUGCUCUGAAGAAAGAGUCAGCCCUGGCCGGUGUGGCUCACUGACAGAGCGUCGGCCUACGGACGGAAGGGUCCCGGGUUCAGUUCCGGUCGAGGGCACAUGCUGGGAUUGCGGGCUUGAUCCCCGGGCAGGAGGCAGCCCAUCAACGAUUCCCUCUCAUCGUUGAUGUUUCUCUCCCUUUCCCUUCCUCUCUGAAAUCAAUAAAAAUAUAUUAAAAAAAAAAAAAA